UUUCUUUUUUAUGUUCAGUUGCUUGAUGUAAUUAUGGAUCGCGUUACAUUUAAAGUUAAUGGAAUUGAAUAUUCAGUUGGUAGCGAAGUGAACACGGAUGUGACGUUGCUGGAGUACCUACGUCGCCGGUUACGGCUGCCCGGCACCAAGUACAAGUGCUUGGAGGCAGGCUGUGGCGCCUGCAUCGUGACCGCCGUGCGGGGCCAGGACACGCCACCCACCGCCGUCAACUCGUGCAUGGUGCUGGUGACGUCAUGCCAGGGCUGGGAUAUCACGACGGUGGAAGGCACAGGCGGACGGCUGGCGGGUUACAGCAAAGUGCAGACCACACUUGCAGAGCACAACGGCACACAGUGUGGCUACUGCACCCCCGGCUGGGUCAUGGCUAUGCAUAGUUUACUUCAAAGCGGAAAAAAGUUGACUAUGCUUGAAAUAGAACAAUCUUUUGGAAGCAACAUCUGUAGGUGCACUGGAUACAGGACUAUCCUCGAGGCAUUUAAGACAUUCGCAGUAGAUGCUCCUGCAUCAAAACGAAUUAUGGACAUAGAAGACUUGCAUAUUUGUAAGCGGAAGGGUGAUGGAUGCAAAAAAACGAAUUGCGAUGACUAUGACUGGUGUAUGGUAUUAAAAGAGGAAGUUAAUAAAGCUUCCACGGUACACAUUAAACUGGAAGAUGGAAGGGAUUGGUACAGGGUAUACGACUUAAAUGAAGUUUUUAAUAUUCUAGUAUCUAAAGGACAGGACUCAUACAUGUUAGUUGCAGGCAACACAGCGAAAGUGGAAAUUUAG